AUCCAAUUCGCUUUGAGCUGUCAUCGAGUCCAGUCGGUUUUGUGUUUUCGUCUCCAUUCAUUCAGACUCAACUCAGAUUUAUUUUAUACUUUUAUUUGGUAAAAAGCAAAUCCUCAAGAAGACUUUUUAAACAAGUUCGUUCGUUUUCGUUACCACUUACCUGUGCUUCAAAAUAAGUUAUCUAUUUUAAAUGGUUUGAUUCGAUAGCUAAAACAUAAGUUUGCAAAUUUGAACUACUUUUGAUUUGAUUAUUCUUACCGAAAGAACUCUUUUAAUGUUUUAUUAAAAACCGAGUACCUGCCUAUUUUGUAUGUGUUCUAAUUCUAAUUGGGAGAAAAGUCCAAAGCAACCAAAUUGAAUCCCUUGAAAAAUCGAUAAAAAUAGAAAUACCCAUCGCGCCACACCACCACCGUUGGAUUUUUCUUCUUUUUUUUGGUAUCAGGCGAAUUACAUUAGGCGCCAAUAAUCUUGUCCUGAUUUUUGUAGACAAUCAGCUGAUUUCUUAAAGUAAACAGGAUUUACAAAGCAAUCUACGUGAGACGGGAUAAAGGGACGGACGUACAAAAAAGAAAAACUAGAAAAUCAAUCCAUCAAAUCCCAACAUAUUGUGUGCAACUCUUGCAAAAGACAUAAAUAGACUUUUAACGACAAUAAUUUUAUAAAUCAAUAGGAUUUUUUGUUUUUCUUCGAUUUUAUUUGUCUGUUUUGUUGUUGUUGAUUUUGUCAAUUAUGGGCACAGAAGGCUGUUGCCAGCAACAAACCGAAAGUAUAGCAACAUCGAAGCUUAACUUGGAGACUGGUGAAGAAUGUUGUAGUCGGAGCAAUGGAAGUUGCAGUACGAAGAAUAUGUGUCGCCAGCCAGAAACGGAAGUUCCAUUCAUACCAGUGACCGUUGACGAGAACGAUGUCAUAUCCGGUGCCAAAGAUAUUUUAAAAGUGAUCCGAUCUAACUGGGACAUGUCCUCAGUUGAAUUUAAGAUUUUCACAGACGGAAUAACAAACAAACUAGUUGGUUGCUUCAAUACACCAAAAAUUGAUGACAAUAAUUCCUCUCAAAACGGCUGUACCGACUAUACAAACAAUGUCGUUCUUGUACGAGUUUAUGGCAACAAAACCGACCUGCUUAUCGAUCGCAAAGCUGAAACCCGCAACAUAAAGCUACUUCAUUCCUACGGAUUCGCACCCUCGUUAUUUGCUACAUUCAAAAACGGUCUCGCUUACGAAUACGUACCCGGAAAAACAUUAACUCCCGAAAGUGUAACUAGACCCGAAGUAUGGCAGCUAGUGGCAUGUCGCAUGGCAGAUAUGCAUAAAGUUACCCAAGACAAUGGUUUAGCGAUACCACCGGCACGUGAAUCAAUGCUUUGGAAAAAGGUUCAGAGUUUCUUUGACUUGGUGCCAGAACGUUUUUCAGAUGCCGACAAGCACAGCAGGUUAGAAAAAACCUUUCUACCCAUUUCGAAGAUCCGCAACGAGUUUGAGUUGCUUUACAAAAAAUUAAAGUCACUCAAUAGUCCGCUAGUAUUUGCACAUAACGAUCUAUUGUUGGGCAAUGUCAUCUACACAGAAUCUCUGCAACAGAUAACAUUCAUCGAUUACGAAUAUGCUGAUUAUAACUUUCAAGCCUUUGAUAUUGGCAAUCAUUUCGCUGAAUUUGCUGGUGUAGAUGAAGUUGAUUAUAAGCGUUACCCAUCAAAGGAAUUUCAACUUAAAUGGCUGCGAACUUAUUUGGAGGCUUAUUUGGAGAGUAGUGAGGUUUCAGAGGAACAAGUUCAGAGGCUAUAUGUGCAGGUAAAUCAGUUUGCAUUGGCGGCGCACUUCUUUUGGACGAUAUGGGCCCUCAUUCAGGCGGAAUAUUCAACAAUUGACUUUGAUUUUGUCGACUACGCCUUCACCCGUUACAAUGAGUACUUAACCAAAAAGGAUACAUUCCUAUCACUGGAUAUAAACACUAAUAGUCUUAGCUGAGACAAGUUUCUUAACCACAUCGUUUGACACGAAACCAGCAAGACAUUUAAAAAGUUACAUGUGAAACUAAAAACAAUAAUUCACAAAUAUGUAUUUUUGUUGUUGUAUAAAGUAAAAUAAAAGAUUUGUUAGCAAAUUCAAAAAAUAAUAAAAUAUGAUAA